CCAUUCACAACAUCAUCGCGACUCAGCACGGCGUGCUGCUUGUUUAUGGACGCUUGCAAGCUGCAAGGUUGUUUGUCUCGUGCUGGCACACGAUCAUGCGCAAUAGUAAACAUUUUAAAUUUCUAACCUCAGAGCAAUUUUUUUUUAUUGAUAAAGCAUAAAUUUUAUCUAUAAUGUCUGAUGUAGAAGUAAAAGCCCUUUUGUUGGGAAGUAUUGCUACCUUAUUAUCUAUUAAAUUAAAACUAAAAAGCACGAAGAAAACGCGAAAGCGAAAAAGGUUUGGAAUUCAUCCAAUGCUACUGCAAAGAAAAAGUCAGGGGUUUUAUGACAAUUUAAUAAAUGAAAUUCGAAUCCAUGAUCCGUAUAUGUUUUUUAAUUUCACUAGGAUGUCUUCAAGCUCUUUUGAUAAAUUAUUGUCACUUGUGGGCCCAGAUAUUGCAAAAAAAUCUCUAAGAGAAUCGAUAUCUCCAGGGUGCAGGCUUGCAAUUACAUUACGAUUUUUGGCAACUGGAGAUUCUUAUCCAAGCUUGUCAUAUUCCUUUCGGGUUGCUGUACCAACAAUUUGUAAUAUUAUUAGAGAAACGUGCUUGGUGUUGUGGAAUGUUUUGUUUCCAAUAGUGUUAAAAACCCCAAAUGAAGAGAUGUUAAAAAAAUUUGAAAAAGAAUUUUGUACUAAGUGGUCAUUACCAAACUGCGUAGGGGCUAUAGAUGGCAAACAUGUGACAAUUCAAGCACCUUAUAAGUCAGGCUCUACAUUUUUUAAUUAUAAAAAAAAUUUUAGCAUUGUUUUAUUGGGCGUGUGCAAUGCAGACUACAUGUUUACUUAUGUGGACAUAGGAGCAUACGGUUCACAAAGUGAUGGAGGUGUUUUAAAUCAAUCACAAUUUGGACAAAAACUUUCUACAAAUAGUCUUAAUUUACCAUCUCCAAAGUUGUUACCCGUUUCAAGCAAUGGUCUACAAAUUCCACACUUCUUUGUUGGAGAUGAAGCGUUCCCACUUAGAAGCAAUUUGAUGCGUCCAUACAGCAAAGGCCGAAAUGGUACAAUGCCUGAAGACGAAAAAAUAUUCAAUUAUCGUCUCUCUAGAGCCAGAAGAAUAAUUGAAAAUGUUUUCGGAAUUUUAGUGGCAAGGUUCAGAAUAUUCCACCGUACCAUAAAUGCUUUUCCUGAAACAGUUGAUAAUAUUGUGAAAGCCUGUGUAUGUUUACACAAUUAUAUAAGAAUGGAAAAUAAUGAAUGUUAUUUUCAAAAUGAAGACAUCGAUAGAGAAGUAGAUGGAAAGUUAAUUUCUGGGAGAUGGAGGACUGAGGCUCCAGUUGAUGGGGCUCUGACAAACCUUCGACUGCGGUUAGGUGCUAGAAAUUCUGGUGAAACUGCCUUAGCUAUGAGAACAUAUUUAAAAGAAUACUUCAAUGGUUCAGGAGCAUCUUUAGCACCAUGGCAGUGGAAUGUAAUAAAUAAAACUAAUUGAAACGUUUAAUACUGUAAUGUUCUAAUAUCAUUUUGAAGAUUGUAUUGCUUAAUGAAAUAAAAUAAUGAAAAUCUUGAA